AUGAUCGUGCAGAAACUGCUACCGGGAUUCCUGCCGUUCCAGUUCAGCUUGGCACAUGAUAGCCCCGUGGACUAUUCUGUGGAGAUAAUCCUUCUGCAGAUAUUCUUCCCAUUCGUGCUGGAUGGUCAGCUGAAGCAUGCACUGCACAGCGUCCUGCGUUGGUGGUGCAUUCUGGUCGCAUGGGUGCUGGAUCUGCGCAGCUACCUUCUCGGUGACGUUCCCUUCCAGCCCGGUGUACGUAUCCAUGUUGUAUUUCGCCAUUCUCUUUCACAAUCACCAAUGCAUGCAUCAUGUUCUGAAGAUCACUCUGUUAAAUGA